AUGAAUAAUAAUAAUAAUAGUAAACAUAGAAUAUUGAUAUUUGGAUCAUCAGGAUGGAUAGGAUCAAAAAUAAUUGAAUUAAUUAAAACCAAUCAAGAUAAGCAGUAUGACAACAUAUGUAUAUUCGAAUCAAAAGCAAGAAUACAAAAUAGAGAAUCUGUUGAAAGAGAUAUUGGUAUAUUUAAACCAGACUCUAUUAUUAAUUGUGCUGGAGUUACUGGGAGACCUAAUGUUGAUUGGUGUGAAGAUCACCAAAUUGAAACUAUUAGAUCAAAUGUUAUAGGUACAUUAACAUUAAUUGAUGUUGCCUAUGAAAAAGGGAUUCAUGUAACUAAUUUUGGAACUGGAUGUAUUUAUAAUUAUGAUGAUGACCAUAAACCAUUUGGAAAUGAAACUUUUAAAGAAACUGAUCCUGUUAAUUAUACUGGUUCAUUUUAUUCAAAAACAAAAGCUAUCGUUGAAGAUUUGACAAGUAGUUAUAAGAAUUUAUUAAUGUUAAGAAUUAGAAUGCCAAUAUCAGGAUCGAUUAAAGAACAAAGAAAUUUUAUAACAAAGAUAUUAAAUUAUGAAAAAGUGGUUAAUGUUCCAAACUCUGUUUCUGUUUUGGAAGAUCUUUUACCAAUAUCUAUCGACAUGACAAUCAAAGGUAUAAAAGGUGUAUUCAAUAUGUGUAAUCCUGGAGUAGUAUGUCAUAAUGAGAUAUUGGAACUUUACAAAAAAGAGAUUGAUCCAUCGUAUACAUAUCAGAAUUUUUCUUUAGAAGAACAAGCUAAAAUACUCAAAGCUGGAAGAUGCAACAACCAUCUCGAUGUCUCUAAACUACUUUCUCUUUAUCCUCAAAUACCAACCAUUCAAGAUUCUUUAAUUGAUAUUUUCAGAAAAAUAAGACAUCAACAACAACAUCAAGAAAUUGUAAAUAUUAAUGAAUAA